AUGUUCUCAUACACAUCGCGCUCCUUAAUUGGAGUGAGCAAGCGCCUCAGGGCCCCUGUGCCAUUCCGCCCUCUAUCAUCCCCGUCCCAGCCAACUCCGCCGGAGCAAGAGAAGACACCCGUUCAAGACCCAACACCGACCCCUGCACCAGUUGCUUCUGCGAAAGCUACCCCUGUGGCCCCUACACCUGCUGCUACUCCCAUCGCGACUCCCGCCGCUACCCCCGCCGCUACCGCCCCUGCAUCGACUGCUCCGGUAACACCGACGGAAGCCGAGAAAAUUACUAAGCCUAGUGUGAAAGAAUGGUCCGAACGGUUAGGAGCUUUCGGUGAGGAGAGCCGACUUCCACGAAGCGUGCAAGCCAUAUACCUCCGGCCUUUGCGGAGGAAGGUGGAGUACGGUCUUCCAGUCUGCGACCUUCAAUUGCGAUCAUACAGCGUUCGUAACGUCGAGUUCUUCACGGACUUUGCCAUCCGUGCCGCUUACUACCUCAAUCUUCCGGUGUCCGGACCUGUGCCUCUCCCCCGCAUUGUUGAACGCUGGACCGUACCCCGAAGCAACUUCGUGCACAAGAAGAGCCAGGAGAACUUCGAACGAAUCACUCUCCGUCGACUGAUUCAGAUCAAGGAUGGAAAUCCACAAGCGGUGCAGGCAUGGCUUGCAUUCCUCCGGAAGCACGCGUUUUAUGGAGUCGGUAUGAAGGCAAAUAUCUGGGAACACGACAGUCUCGAUGCUGGUAAGGCCAUGGACGCUUCUGUUGCCGAGGUGGAAGAAGCUCUUCGCCCCGAGUUUGCGCAAUUUGGUCAACGGAAGGACAACUCGGCUCCCGGCACGAUAUUCGAUACGUUGAACAACUAUGAUGCCCAAGUACAAUUUUAUGCCGACACAUUGGUCAUUGGGGACUACGGCAAUGCGAAGUGGUUACACUUGAAUUUUUCCAUUCUCGCACUGAUUGAAUGUUUAUCGGAGAUGUCUGCCAACGCGAUGCGUCCUGAAUUUGCCUCGCUGGGAACAUUGCGUGCGAAAUAUCUCCAUAUCCGUCCAAGCGGGCUCUCCCUUCUCCCAAAGAGAUGCCAUCGUUGGAACAGCUCAAAGACCACGCCAGCACAAGAGCCCAUUAUAUUUUCUGGGAUCCAGCCAACUGGUGUGCCUCAUUUAGGCAAUUAUCUCGGGGCUUUACAUCAAUGGGUCAAGCUUCAGCACGAUGCAGCUGAAGGAACCAAACUACUUUUCUCUAUUGUUGAUCUACAUGCAUUGACAGUACCGCAAGAUCCAGCCCAAUUGAAGCGAUGGAAAAAAGAGGCCUUUGCAACGUUGCUUGCUGUGGGCCUGGAUCCUAAGCGCUCUACAAUAUUCUACCAGUCCGAUGUGCCGGCGCAUACUGAGUUGAUGUGGAUUCUCAGCACGGUGGCUUCCAUGGGGUACCUGUCGCGUAUGACACAGUGGAAGAGUAAGCUACAGCUGCCGGAUGACGCAACCCUUGAUGAUUCGACAGCACGGGCACAACUGCGACUUGGUCUUUUCUCCUAUCCAGUACUACAAGCUGCCGAUAUCCUUGUUCACAGAGCUACCCAUGUCCCGGUCGGAGAAGACCAAAGACAGCACCUGGAGUUUUCCAGAUAUACCGCGAACAGCUUCAACCACGUCUACGGGCCGAUUUUCCCCAUCCCAGAGGCAUUGAUAUCUCCUGCCAAGCGAGUGAUGUCCCUCAAGGAACCCACUUCAAAGAUGUCCAAAUCGCACGCCGAUGAGAAAUCCCGGAUCAUCCUUACUGACUCGCCGGCCGAAAUCCGCAAGAAAGUCAAGGUAGCCCUGACAGACUCGGAAUCUAGCAUCACCUACGAUCCGACCCGUCGGCCUGGGGUGUCUAAUCUUAUUGAGAUCCUAAGCCACCUGGAAGGUGUAUCAUGCGAGGAUAUCGCGGCUGACUUCCACAAUGCAAGUCUUCGAUCGCUCAAGGAACAUGUUGCAGACCGGAUCGCCUAUCAUUUGCAAGAGAUCCGGGAUCGGUAUAUUACGAUCAUGGAGGAUAAGACUGGUUACCUGGAGUCAGUUGCUGAGGAGGGUGCUGCAGCAGCUCGGGCCAACAGUCGGGUGACCAUGCAGCAAAUUCGAGAUGCGAUAGGUCUUACGAUGGGGGCUGAAGUGGAGUCCACCGCGUCAUCACUCCACUACGAAACUUUAUACUUCUGUAAUGUCACUCUGGGUACCCCGAAACAGAGCGUACGUCUGGUUCUCGACACUGGAAGUAGUGAUUUGUGGACCAAUACGCCAAAUUCUACUCUCUGUGCAUCCACCAAAAACGUCUGCGCCGAAGCCGGUACCUACGACCCGAGUUCUUCCUCUUCAUAUUCAUUUGUGAACUCGGACUUCAAUAUCAGCUAUGCCGAUGGAUCCGGCGCCGCCGGAGACUAUGUGACCGACACUCUUACUAUCGGAGGCACAACUAUUAAAGACUUCCAAUUUGGCGUUGGGUUUUCGUCUGGCUCUUCAGAGGGUGUGCUAGGUAUAGGAUACACUACGAAUGAAGUUCAGGUUGGCAGAAAUGGAGACUCGGCUUAUGCCAACCUACCCAAGGCGAUGGUCAACAAAGGAGUAAUCCAAUCAAAUGCCUACAGUCUCUGGUUGAACGACCUGGAUGCAAACACCGGCUCGAUCUUGUUUGGUGGAGUCAACAGUAAGAAAUACCAUGGCGCCCUGCAAACAGUCCCCGUCCAGAAGGUCGGCGGACAGUACUCGGAGUUCAUUAUUGCGCUCACUAAGGUGUCCCUCACCAAUUCAUCCAGUGAAAAUACCUAUUCUUCGAGCUCCAUUCCCGCAGGUGUGUUACUGGACUCGGGAAGCUCUCUUACAUACCUUCCGGACGCCCUUGUUCAAGAGAUCUACGAUGAUCUCGGGGUCUCUUACGAGUCGGACAGUGGCAUUGGCUAUGUUGAAUGCAGCAUGGCAGACGAGGACAUCACCCUCAGUUACACGUUCUCAUCCCCGACGAUUAACGUGGGCAUCAAUGAGAUGAUCAUCGAUGCUGGCGACCUCUAUUUCCGAAACGGCAAGCGGGCCUGCAUUUUCGGUAUUGUUCCCGCGGGAAGCAGCACGGCAGUCCUGGGAGAUACGUUCCUUCGCAGUGCGUACGUGGUAUACGAUCUCGCCAAUAAUGAGAUCUCCCUCGCCAGCACCAACUUUAACACCACCGAGAAUGAUAUCUUGGAGAUUGGGACUGGCACCGAUUCCGUCCCCGGUGCGACUGCAGUCUCGAACCCAGUGACUACCGCACCAGUUGGUGGCACCGCCGCUCGCAUCGGAGGUCCGGCUGGAGGAUCCAGCCUCUACGGCUCGGCCUCGGCCACUGGAAAUAUGGCCAUUCCUAGGGCGACCGCUAUGCCGAAACACCUGGCUGUCGGCCUUGCCGGUGUAGGAGCUCUUCUGGCUCUGUAA